AUGGUGCCCGCUGCACUUCUCUCUGGGGAUGGCAGACUGAGAAGGAUGCUGUUGGUGCUGCUGUAUGUGUCCCACACUGCCGCUACCAAGUGCGGUAUCCAGAAAGCCACCCUAGUGGACAAAUCAGAGGAGAAUCUAGUGGCCAUCACCGAGUUCCCAUGGGUGGUGUCCUUGCAGGACACACAGUACACCCACCUGGCCUUCGGCUGCAUCCUCAGCAACUUUUGGAUCCUCAGUGUCGCAUCUGCCUUUCAGAACAGAAAGAGCGUUAUUGCUGUGGUUGGUAUAGCCAGCAUGGAUCCCAAAAUGGUUGCUCACGCAGAGUACCCCAUCAAUGUCAUCAUCAUCCACGAAGACUUCGAUAACAGCUCGAUGAACCAUAACAUAGCCCUGCUGAGGACAGACUCAGCGAUCCAUUUUGAUGACCUGGUCCAGUCCAUCUGCUUCCUGAGUAGAAAGCUGCAUUUGCCACCAGUCUUGCACAACUGCUGGGUGUCAGGAUGGAACCCCACAUCUGCAACAGGAAAUCAUAUGACAAUGAGUAUCCUGAGGAGAAUCUCCGUGAAAGACAUUGACCCAUGUCCCCUACACAAACCCCGGAAGACAGGAUGCGGCACUCACACAGAGCAGGAAACUGCCACCGUCUGCUUGGGGGAACCAGGAAGCCCCAUGAUGUGCCAGCUUCAGGAGGUGAAUCUGUGGGUCCUGAGAGGACUCUUGACUCAAGGAGGUGACCAAUGUCCCGGCCUCUUCCUGUACACCAAAGUGGAAGAUUACAGCGACUGGAUCAUGUCCAAGGCUAGGAGGGCUGGCCCCUCCCUGUCUUCGCUCCACCCCUGGGAGAAGUUGGCCCCAGUUCGCUACCAGGAGCCAUCAGCCCUCCUGCCCCAGAGCACUUUCACGGCAACGCACCUUGUGGCCUGGUCCCACUCCCAAGAGCACGAGCACAUGCACGAGCACGAGCACAAGCACGAGCACGAGCACAAGCAUGAGCACGAGCACGAGCACGAGCAUGACAUGUCCACUGUGCACUCGGUGCCAGUGAACGGCUCUGGAGAUUCCGGUCAAACCUUCAGGGCUAAGGUGCUCCAUGAUGCAGAAAGACAUUCCGAGGCAGCCGCUCAACCCGUGUACUAUGACUACUAUGGUGGUGGGGCUGGGGAGGACUCGACGGCAGGUCAGAGCAGGCUGCGUCAGCCCCAAGCCAUGAGCUUGGUUUUCUCUGUGCUAGUUUUCUUUGGCAGCAGUGUCUUGUCUAGCUAACCCACCACCACAUGGAAGAGGAAGCUCGGAGCACUGAGUGCCAGGCAUUCACCAGACCCUUUUGGCGUCUGUUUUUGAUAGGUGCUCUGCUGGGCUGUCAUGGA